GCGGCGAUAUAAGCCAUGGCCGGGUGCGGGCUCCCCUGCCGCGGCCGCCGGGGCGGGAGCGGGCGGGCGGGGGCCGGCUGCGCUGCCCGGCCGCGGACGCCUCUCAGCGGGCAUGGGCGGGCGCUGAGGGCGCGGCCCCGGCAGCCCGGUAAUUCCUGCUGAAAUGCGGUGCCCCGCUCUGGCAUGAGCCCCCCCUCCCCGCCGGGAGGAGCGCUCCCCGGGCACCGCCGCUUUCCCUGGCCGCAGAUCGGUGUCGGGAAGAAAGGACUGUCGCCGACUGUCGCCGCGGAGCCGCCGCUCUCAGCAACGCCGGACGCCGGGCUUGGGACGCAGGUUUAGCACACUUGAAGCAUGGCUACAAGUGCCGUUCCCAGCGAAAACCUCCCCACAUACAAGCUGGUGGUAGUUGGAGAUGGUGGCGUGGGGAAGAGUGCUCUCACCAUUCAGUUUUUCCAGAAGAUUUUUGUGCCGGACUAUGACCCAACUAUUGAAGACUCCUACCUGAAGCACACGGAAAUAGACGGGCAAUGGGCAAUUCUUGAUGUUCUGGAUACUGCAGGCCAAGAGGAGUUCAGUGCAAUGCGAGAGCAGUACAUGAGGACCGGAGAUGGUUUCCUUAUAGUCUACUCGGUGACGGACAAGGCUAGCUUCGAGCACGUGGACCGGUUCCACCAGCUGAUCCUCAGAGUCAAGGACAGAGAGUCCUUCCCAAUGAUUUUGGUGGCGAACAAAGUUGAUCUAAUGCAUUUACGGAAAAUUACAAGAGAACAGGGAAGAGAAAUGGCAACAAAACAUAAUAUUCCCUAUAUAGAAACGAGCGCCAAGGACCCACCUCUAAACGUUGACAAGGCCUUCCAUGAUCUCGUGAGGGUAAUAAGGCAACAGAUCCCAGAGAAAAGCCAGAAGAAGAAGAAAAAGACCAAAUGGCGAGGGGACAGAGCCACAGGCUCCCACAAACUCCAGUGUGUGAUUUUGUGACGGGACCGCCUGGGAGUGCCUUGGACGCCUCCCUCCUCCCCCCUUGACCCACCGCCAACCCAGGCGAGGAGCAGCAGUGCAAUGCCCACACGGCCCCGCCGCCCCCUCGGGCUCCCCAUGGGGGCUCGGGCUUGGAGGAGGUGGCUCGAUGGGGUCCGGACCCCCCCAGAGGGGGGCUGCGCAUUGGGGCUGGUGUGGGAGCCGCACAAACGAGAGGCAGAAGGGAUCAGCAGGACAUCGACUCUCGAACAUCCCCAGUGUCUUCCAGGGGCCUCCAUGAUGUUUAUUUAAAAAAAAAAAAAAAAAAAAGGAAGAAAAAAAGUAAAAAAAAAGUGUUGGUUUUAUCUGCAAACAUUUCUUGUUGUGACCCAUUUCUGAACAGCCAUGAACAGCCCCCCUGUUUGGUACAGCCCUCGGGGGGGGGGCGGGGAGGGAAAGGGCUUUUCUUUUCUUUCUCUAUUUUUUUUUUUAUCCUCUUCUCCUUUUUCGUUGUUUGCUCAGCGAGUGUUGGGUUGCAAAGAAACACGGCCGGGGUUAGAUUUUUUGCACUGAACUCUCUCUUACGCGGCAGUGCCAAAACACGACUUCAUAUGAAAGUGCAUAGAUUUGGAGGAAGAAAAUGAAUUCCAGCUGCUCUGGGUGCUCCAGACAUUGUGUCAGACUCUGGAGGGCAGCCAGCUCACAGACCAUAAGCUCCAGCUUAGGAAAGGAGGUUUGGGCUUGGAUUAUUUUUUUUUUCUUACUCUUUUGUCAAGAGGUUUUGUUUCUGUUUUGUAAUUUGGGGCAUGUCAAAGUUAAAGACGUUUUUGUUAACCUGGAAAUAUUUAAAUUAAAGUAAUUUACAAAUGGAA